AUGGCAACCCUAUCUCAAAUCUUGGCUCAUCUUUACACCGCCACCAUAGUUUUCAUCUCCCUCCUAUUUCUCGAACUAGUUAUUCUUGUACGCGCUGCGGUCGGGACAAUCCCCGGCUCCAAGAACAGCCCCAUCACCACCGCUCAAUACCUUAAACUCGUCGAAGAAAAAAACCCAGCCUGUCGGUACAAAACCGGAUUAAGAAUGGAAUCAUUGGAGUGUGCAGUUUGUCUGUCCGUGUAUGAAGAAGGGGAUGAGAUAAGGAAAUUAAGGAAGUGCAAACACACAUUCCACAAGGGCUGUCUCGACACGUGGCUGCAGCAAGAUUGGGCCACGUGUCCACUUUGCCGGAGCAUGGUGUUGCCGGAAGAAGUGGUGGUGAAGUACCGGCGGCACCGGAAUCACCAAGAGUUCGACGGAAGUGACGAGGAGCUUAUUUUCUUGUUAUCUGCAUUACAUGAAACUAAUGUUGAUAUAGGCAAAGAGAGGAGCGUCUUCAGUGGAAUCCAUUUGUACAGAGACUACAUGGUGAUGGUGAAAGGACACAAAGAAGAGGGCAGGCGUGAUCUAAUGAUUUCCCUGCAAUCAAAGGAUGAAUUAGUAAGUGAACUCUUUAAAGGAUUGGAGAUAUUGAAGUUGAGCAACCACGAGAACAGUCUUGCAAGUCCAAACCCCUCCCCUCCAGGACGAUCUUCAAAAUCCACUACAGUGCUAAAUUUACUGUCAUUUUUUGGUGUUGGAAAUGCAAUUGCUACUGGUGCAGUGUCAUUAGAUUCGAAGGGCAGCAAUUACAAUAGCACCUUGGGCUUCCUUGGCAAGCUUUCCCCAAAACGACGUAGUUUCGAGAUAUUGAAUGGGAGAGGAAAAGAAUGGAUAAUUCCAAUUCCAUGGAUAAGAAUCUUGAUGAAGUGUCUGAGAUCCAGCAUGCACAUUGAGGAGUCCAUGAAGUUUGAUGUGGUCAAGAUCCACGACUUCUGGAUCCGACCUUUUGCUGCUUCAGCUGGUAGAGCUGAUGAACAUUACUUGUAG